AUGUCCUCUCUGGAUUUGACGUUUGGAACAGUUUUCUUAUUACAGACUACAGUUGGUAUUCUGGGGAAUUUUUCUCUUCUUUUCCAGUAUAUCUUUCUUUACUUCACUAAGUGCAGGUUACCGCCUACAGACUUGAUUGUCCUGCACCUGACUGCAGCCAACUCCGUGGUCAUUCUGGGUAAAGGCAUCCCCCAGACUAUGGCAGCUUUUGGAUGGAAAGAUUUCCUCAAUGAUUUUGGAUGCAAAUUUCUUUUCUAUGUUCACAGAGUGGAAAGGGGUGUGUCCAUUGGCAGCACCUGUCUCUUGAGUAUCUUCCAGGCUAUCACCGUUAGCUUCAGGAACUCCAGGUGGGUAGAGCUUAAGGAGAAAGCUCCCAAGUACAUGGGCUUCUCCAAUAUCCUUUGCUGGAUCCUGCAUAUGCUGGUCAAUAUCAUCAUUACUAUGUAUAUGACUAGCAAGUGUAGCAAUGAAACCAACACAAACAAAAAAGACUAUAGAUACUGUUCUUCUGUUCCGCUUGACAAAACCGCAAACUCACUGUAUGCGUUAUUGUUAGCAUUCCCUGAUGUUGUGUCUUUGGGACUCACGCUCUGGUUCAGCGGCUCCGUGGUUCUCAUCCUGCAGAGACACAAGCAGAGGGUCCAACACAUUCGUAGAAACAACAUCUCUCCAAGGUCUUCCCCUGAGACCAGAGCCAUCCUUGUCCUGGUGAGUACCUUUGUGUCUUUUUAUACCCUGUCCUUCAUUUUGAACAUUUUUGUAGCAGUUUUUAAUCUUCCCAGUUGGUGGAUGGUGAAUACAGGUGCAUUAACUGCUGCGUGUUUCCCAGCUCUCAGCGCAUUUGUCCUCUUGACUCGUGACUCCAGUGUGCCCAGGCUCUGCUUUGCCUGGAUAAGGAAGACAAAAUUCUCUCAUUUUAUUAGAAAUACAUAACUGCAUGUUUUUGCACAAGGUUCAAUUGUUUGUUUAUACAUCACACAGAAUCCAAGCACAUAUAAAACAAUCAUAUUACAAGAGAGCGGUGGUACACACACACACACACACGUGCACAUAUUUGUUUAAUAUAAAUGUAUGUGUGUGUGUAGGCAUAUCGGCCAGAUUAUGUAUCUAAUUCAUCAAGUAAUAAUAUUGGAAAAUUGCUCAGUAAGAAAUGUAGAAAAUGGUACUAACUACAACAAUAAUAAACUGCUUUAGCCCUAAAGUCGUUUUUUAUCUGACUUUUGUAUCGCCAUGCUAGCUGAUCAGUUGGUUAAAAUAACACAGGAUAAAUUUUUCAUUUUUCUUCUUUAAUUUUUCUGUGUUGCCUGUAUUGCAUUGCUUGAAAAAUAUAUCCAAUUGAAUACAGUCAAUAAAUAUUUGACUUUGACAAGAUUAAUUAUUAUAUUUAUGUUUAAUGUUAUAAAGGAUGCAUUUGGAAUUGGAUUUAUCAACAUAUUUUUGUGCUUUUCUUGAUACAUGCUCUAGUUUGUUAUUAUUUUUUCUAUGUUCUGGGUUUUUUUUUUUAUUAACUUUUAUUAAGCUUCAAGUGAACAUUUACAAAUCCAAUCAGUCUGUCACAUAUAAAUUUACAUACAUCUUACUCCAGUAAGUCAGCCCUUUCAGUCUCUCCUUUUGUGACAAUUUUGCCAGCUUCCCUCUCUCUCUAUCCUCCCAUCCCCCCUCCAGACAAG